AAAACUCCCCUUUCUUCCUUCUUCUCCUUCUUUUUAAGCCAAGGGCAGGACUUGCAAGACAUCUUAAAUUUAGAUGCUUUCGGAAGCUCGUCCAAGUGCGCAAAAACGUGCCUAGUGCCAUUGAACCAACUGAUGCCCCCCUCUCCCUGUGACUCGCCGUGAAUCAUGUCACGCCGGAAACAGAAGCGACCCCAGCAUCUCGUUAACGCGGAUCCAGGGGGCCCGAGGCUGCAGUCGCACGAUGACCAUCUGGGCUUAAAGUCACCAUCCACAUCUCUGGGCUCAGAAGUGACCUCAUCAGGAUCCUCCUCCUCAUCCCCCACAUCUCUCCAAGACUGCCAGCCGCCUCUGGCCCCUCGCCCAUCCCCUGGAGGGCUCCACGCGCCCUCCUUACCCAGCGAGAGCUCGCCUCCUCCCCACUGGCCUAGCCACAUUGCCCCCUUCACAACAUCCCUUCCCAACACCCACUCCUCCCUCUCCCCGGACUUCCCACACCCAUCGCUGUCUUCCCAGACUCACUCGCCUCCUCCCCUGGGUCAGACCUCUGGUUCUCACAGCCUGCCCCACCAAGGGAACUCUCACUCCAGCAUGACCUCCCCACCAACAGGAAGUUCAGCUACCACCACUACCUCCACCUCCUCUUCUUCCUCCUCUUCUCAGAGUGUGCCACCUCACCCCGAAAGCUCCAGUCCAAGUCAGCAGCAGGCCACCAGCUCACCAGGCGAGCAGGGACAGAUCCAGGUCCCACCCACACUGGCGGUACUUUUAGAGGAGCUGAGGGUUUUACAGCAGCGGCAAAUCCACCAGAUGCAGAUAACAGAAGAGAUCUGCAGGCACGUUCUAAGGCUCGGAGGAGCUGUCUUUGGCCAAGACAACAAUGCACAGGCAAGUGGAGCGGAAAGCAACCAGAAACCUAACGGAGCAGCAUCUUCCUCACCAUCACAUCCUUCUACUGCCACUCCAGUCACCACAGCCUCAUCUCUUUUGACUGGCCUUCCUUCUUCUCUCUUCCCCCAACCGUCCAUCUCUAAAUCAGGCACUUCACACAGUAACAGCAGCAGAGCUACAUCUUCCUCUACCUCAUCCUCAUUAUCAUCUUCUUCUUCUUCUUCUUCUUCAUCUAUUUCAUCCACUAUCAGCUCCUCUGUUGCCUCCCUACACCCCUUGUCCCUGUCACUGGGCCUGCCACCACGCUACCUCCAUGAGAAAUCAUCUAACACCUCUUCAUUUGCUCACAGCAAUGGCAUUAGUUUCCCGACUCCUUCCCUUCCUCCCACCAGCCAUUCCCAGGACCUCCAGUCCAGCUCCUCUCUUACCUCUGCCUCCUCAUCAGGACGCCCUCAGCACAUCUGCCGUUUUUGUGGAAAAGUGCUGAGCAGCGAUUCGUCCCUGCAGAUCCACCUGAGGUCGCAUACAGGUGAAAGGCCCUAUCAGUGUCCAGUCUGCUUGAGCCGUUUCACAACCAGGGGGAACCUCAAAGCUCAUUUCCUACGACACAGAGAGCAGAACCCAGAGCUGUCGCUCUCCCUGCUGCCCCCAGCGCUGUCAGAGCAAACGCAUAGUGGAUCUGCCACGGGGGGCAUCCAGAGGAGGCGCAAACGGCGAGCUGAUGACGAUGAAACAUUUAAUGGCGUGAAAGGAAGCGUUCCCGGCAUGACAGAGAGCAUGGCUUUAGGAUUCCUGUCUGGUGGCUCUGCUCGGGCCUCACCUUCCUCUCUACCUCUGCCCCCCUCGGUGGACAUGGCUCUGUUGUCCACAGCCCAUUCACUGCUACAGCUGAACAGGGCCUCGGCUGCAGCUGCUGCAAGUGCAUCAAGCACCGUGCUGCCGUCUUCCUCUUCGUCUUCUUCGUCCUCCAUGGGCAGCCAGUUUAAAGGAGCAAAGCAGCAGCGCUUUGACGAAAACACUCCUCCUCACUCCAGCCUCCAUUCAGCCUCACCAUACUCCCAAUUGGCCCAUUUGCCUAAGAUUCUUUUCCCUGGAGGUACCUCCCCUCACCACCUUGCACUUCUGCGGCCACCCGGACACCCAUCCACCUCCCACCUCACUUCGACUCAUCAGCUACCCUUCCCUUUCCCACCUUUCCCCAAACCAUCUGCCUCCUCUCCCUCCUCAUCCUCUCCCACUACCUCUGCCCAGACCUCUGACACAUCCAAGUUGCAGCGGCUGGUACAGAAGCUUGAAAAGCAGCCUCAAGCAAGCUCCUCCUCUUCUUCUGCCUCUUCUCCCUCCACCUCCUCACAAAUUACUACGGAGGCGAAUGGAGACACACAUGGCCAUGACCUAACCACCACCUCCAGUGCCUAUCGCAGGGAAAUGUUGGCUGCUCUUGGACUAAGCCCAAGUGCUAAUGUUGCAGGAUCAGAGACCAGCCAGGGAGUCUCGUGUUCAGGCGCUACCACUAAUCCUGCUUCUCUGCCUGCUGUCCAGGCUGCUAAUCAGUGUGGAGUGUGUUUGCGUGUCCUCAGCUGCCCUAGAGCUCUUCGUUUGCACCAGGCCACACAUCUGGGAGAGCGCCCGUUCCCUUGUAAGCUUUGUGGUCGCUCCUUCUCAACAAAGGGCAGCCUUAGGGCCCAUCUGGCCACUCACAGGGCAAGGCCACCAAACACCCGCGCUCUGAACUCCUGCCCACUGUGCCCACGCAAGUUCACUAAUGCCUUGGUUCUUCAGCACCACAUCCGCUUGCACCUCGGAGGGCAGAUACCGCCUGAUGAAGACGUGCCCCCUGAAGAUGCCGCAGAAACGGAAAGCGCUGUCUUCAAUGAUGGUGAGAACGACUCCAUUAGCUCCCCAUCUAAAGCACAACAACUCCUUCCACUGGCCUUAACAACAGGCACCAAGUCUCCAAUUAACGCUCUCAGCUCAGUGUCCACUUUCAAGCAAUCCACAGCUAAUGAUGCCACAUCUGUGAAGACUGAGGAAUUUGAGUGCUCAACACCCAGUGUUAGUCCACCCCUGACCCGCAACCCCCCUCCAGCAGGAGCAGAGGACAGUGCCCCAGUUGACGGUAGCCCCAUGAAUGGCUCCCUGUCCUCUGAGGAGGAGACCCACACUGACCGGGGCAGCACCAGCCCUUUCAAAGCACCCUCAGCUUUAGCAAAUGGAGAUUCAGAGGGUGAAGACAUCCCUCUUUCUCUCUGUGUUUCAAAGCCUGUAGGAAAUGAUGUGCCACACAGAGGUGUUAAAAAUGAUGAAGAAUCCUCCAUGGAUAAACCCACCACUAAUCCUGAUUCUAACCCAGCUGCAAAUCCUGUACCUCCACUCCCCCUCCCUGCCAGCCCCAGAGCUAUCCCGGAAGCAGAAGAGGCCUGUGGUGGUGCACCACAUGAGUCACAGGAAAGAGAUGCUGCUCAUGGUAAAGGGAAAAGCAAAACUCCCAGAGAGUCUGUGUUGGACACAGAGCUGGAGAAGGACGCUCCAGUGGGGGAGGGCUACGGCGUGCCAGAAAAGCCUUCAGCGGAUGCUGAGCCCUCCGUUGCAACAGGAGCACCAGCACCGCACACCCAGCCUCAUCGGCCAGACAAACCCUACAGCUGCUCCCACUGUGGGAAGGCUUAUGCCAGCCGGAGUGGACUUAAGGGCCAUAUGAAAACCCAUCCUGGAGUGUUGACCAGUACCCCCUCCAAGGCUCAAACCAAUGACAAUGACUUUGCGGAGGAUCGGACUUCCCAUUCGUCCAGUAAAAACCCCGGACAGCAGGAUGAAAACCAGGGAUUGGUUAAAUCCCCUGAGAAAGGCGAUGGCACAGAUCCCCUGCUGAACAGCGUUGGCUGUGACGUGGCUGAUGAAGCUAUGGACACCACUGCGUAGAAAGUUAGUAUUGUUGAAUGUCAGUUUUUAAAGGGUCCUGACAAGGGAAUGUAUUUUUUUUUUUUUUUUUUAAUAGAAUAAAAUUUGAUUCCUAGAGUAAUAAUUUUAAUUCACAUUUACCUUUUUGUUAGGCAGGUAGGUCUGCUGUAGUUUAUACUGUAGUAUGAUUCCAGUGAUUUUGUGAAUGUAGUGUUUACCUAUGUAUUUUUCUAUUUCUGAGACCACAGUGAGGCCUUAUUUUACACUUCUCAGCAUUACCAUGAGCUGAAUUGUUCUUUCUGUUGUUGUGCUUGUUCCGCACAUACUGUAUGAUAGUUGGUUUUUUUUUUUUUUAAAGAAAAAAGAGUCCAGAAUUUUUACAAACUGAACUCCAUACCAAAACAGGUCAGAUUAGUAGUGGCCAGAGUUUGUAAAUAUGAGCUAGGAUUACAUUUUAAGAUUUCUUAUUGUUUCCCAAUUCUUCUACUUUUUAAGUUUUGUUUUUUUUUAAUGCAAUGCUGCUGAAUGCAUGUGCCGAGUUGCACUGUGAGCUGCACUGUGUCCCGUGCUGCCGAAACACCUGCUGAAACGAACACAUGCUGUGAUGACUGUAUCCGUGAUGCUGUUGAUAAUUAUACCUGUGCGAGUCCUGUAACUUAAAGCUGUAGACUUUUCCCAGCCGCACAUGGCCUUGUUUGCAUUGCUGUAUCGAUUAUUGCUGUUAUCUACAUUGUGGAAAAUGCAACAAGGAUGACCCCCCCCCCCGUCCGUUAUAACCGCCUCCAUCCUCCCUACUGUCUCAAAGCACUUGAGUGUUCUGCUCCUGCACCGUCUGCACUCACUGCAUUCCUGCUUAGCUCAGUUUAGCAUUUGUAUGCUUGGCUCCACCCUUUGUAA